GAAAAUGUGUACAAAGAUAAAGAGAGAAGGCGAGAUUAAUGAAAUUGAUGAACAAAUAGUUGAACAUGAAAUUGGUGAGAUACGUGAAAAUGUAAAAGUUAUUUUGGAGAAAGCUAGACACAAAAAGUAUAAAACGAAUUUGACAAAAGAAGAGUUAAAUGGAAAAAAGAAGGCUCUACAAGAUAAAAGAAAAGUAUUCUUACCGGCAGAUAAAGGACGGAUAAUGGUAGCUAUGGACAGAUUUGAAAGUGAAGGUGGUGAACAAAGUUAUGAAUACAAAAUGAAACAAGUAUUGGUUGAUCUGAAGGCAAAACCUUCCAUAAGUGCAAAAAAGGACUGGGAUUUAACUGAUAAAGUCUGUCGAGAGGGUACAAGGGUUAUCGAAACGAUUGUCGAAAGAGGAGAAAUUUCAAAAGAGGAUGCAGAACGGUUAAAACCAAAGGACUGUCAUGCCCCUAGGUUAUCAGGAUUGCCAAAAAUCCACAAAGAUGGUGUUCCAUUGUGA